GCUUCCGGAUGCGGCGAAACAGCAGAGUGAAAACAACACAUCAUAGUUGGAGUAAUCUGCGUGACAGCGCUGUCCCGCACCAAACCUUCGUCGGUUGGCGGAUUUCAGAAGAUAUAGAUGAGGAUAUCUUUGACCUGGAGCCGUGAUGAGUUGAGGUUUCCCCGGAAGAGACGUGUUUUUGUGUCUUGUUGCUCGUCUAAGCCCGUGUCGCGUCAUUUAGCCGAAGGCUCAGACGACUGUCUUCUGUUGAAUGUCACCGCUCGACGCUUACCUACGCUCCAACACGAGAGAGCCGCACCGUAGACGUACUUAACCAGCUAAAUAGUGUCCAUCUGUCUACUCCGAUCGCGACGAAUAUAAUCCGGAUCGAUAAGUAGAGCUUCGACACUCAACAAGUGGACAAAAUGGACGAGCUGUGGACUUCAGUAAUAACCGAGCACAUAGUCGGUCAAUAACGCUAUUUGCCGACGACACAUUUCUACUUAAGUGUCUAGUGUUGGUGCUGGAGGAAGUCUGCCCUGUUUAUUUUUGUGCCAGCACGUUUUAUUUUUAACCCCCACUAAGCUUUCAGGACAACAGUGAAAGAUGAAUGGCCUCUCUCUCAGUGAGCUCUGCUGCCUCUUCUGCUGCCCACCCUGUCCCAGUCGCAUCGCAGCCAAGCUGGCCUUCCUGCCCCCAGAGCCCACGUACGCCUACCUACCAGAUCAAGACAAUGCCCCCAAUGGCCCAAGUGCUACUGCAACGUCAAGUAUAAGGACUCGGAGUGGCGCGUCCGUCUCUGGAACGGCAGGGGCUGCUGCCGUGGAGGGGAAAUGGAAGCUACAUUUGACUGAACGCGCCGAGUUUCAGUAUUCUCAAAGGGAGCUGGAUACAAUGGAGGCGUUCCUGACACGGUCCAGCAGAGGGAACAGAAUUGGCUGCAUGUAUAUACGUUGUGUUCCCAACGCCAGAUUCACGGUGCUUUUCUCGCACGGCAAUGCCGUUGACCUGGGUCAGAUGAGCAGCUUCUACAUCGGACUUGGCACCCGUAUCAACUGCAACAUCUUUUCCUACGACUAUUCGGGCUACGGCGUCAGCACCGGGAAGCCUUCAGAGAAGAACCUGUACGCUGACAUCGACGCCGCCUGGCAGGCGCUUCGCUCUCGAUACGGGAUCAGCCCAGAGAAUAUCAUCCUGUACGGGCAGAGCAUCGGGACUGUUCCCACGGUGGACCUGGCCUCCCGAUACGAGUGCGCCGCAGUCGUCCUUCACUCCCCGCUGACAUCAGGAAUGAGAGUCGCCUUCCCUGACACCAAGAAAACCUACUGCUUUGAUGCUUUUCCCAACAUCGAGAAAGUGUCGAAAAUCACCUCCCCGGUUCUGAUCAUCCACGGGACGGAGGACGAGGUGAUCGACUUUUCUCAUGGGCUGGCUCUGUUCGAGCGCUGCCCCAAAGCGGUGGAGCCACUGUGGGUGGAGGGCGCCGGACACAACGACAUCGAACUGUACAGCCAGUACCUGGAGCGACUGCGGCGCUUCAUCGGACAAGAGCUGGUCGUCCAACACGCGUGAGCAAACGCCUGCGUCGGUUCUUACACGACUCUUAACCAAGUGGUGCAGACAGGGCUGGUGGAGAAGGGAAGGGGCGUGUUGGAUCCCAGCAACACUCUCUGGUCCACAGGUAUUUCCUGCUGCUGCCCCAAACUCAACCACAGUGGUGACACACAGCCAGCGUUUGAACCCACAUGUAUCCAUUCACGCCCUUCCUGCUCCUUUACUCUUCAUAUCUGGGCUAACACUAAGAAAGUCUUCUAAGAAAUUUAAUCUGUUUGUCCUCAACGAUCAAAACAAGUUGGUUUAGACAACAUUUGUUUGUGUGCGUUCUCUGGACUUAACUCUCUCUCAGGGUCAGUGUUUGUACUUCCUGAGUCUGUUUUAAAGAUUCGCUGCUUUGUGGACAUCCUCACGUCUUGUUUCCAUCAAACACAGCCACUCCUCUGUCUUAUGCUUUCUUGUCUUGACCAGCUCUGCAGCUGCUUGACCGCAUUGGAUGUUACACUUUUCUGCGUUGAAAUGCUCCAGACAGUAUUUUGCUUACUCAGCGUAGAGAAGCUCUCUUCAAAGUAGUCCUGAAAUGAUGACUAGUCUUCAGUGCUGCAACUCUUCUGUCGCUCUCACUCGUUUUUCUUUCUCAGUUUGUUUUUAACUUUGCUUGUUUUGAGAGUUAUUUCUCAGCCUUCAAACCUGCUGGUGCACACGACCACAGACGCCACCACCAUGUCAUGCUUUGCUUCUGAACUCCAUUAGAAAUCUGUCAUCUUCUACGGUCAGUGUAGCCAGUCUCGAUCAUCCUUCCAUCAUGAGAGACAUACCAAAGUGUUUUCUCUCCACAACACAACGCAAAUGUACUUUAGUUGGCUUGUCCACUACACCUUGGUUUGUUUGUGAGGUUUGUGUUGAGUGACUGGAGCCGUCAUGUAACUGCGCAUGUAUGAGUACUUUGUCAUUAAGAACACUUUUGCAAUGAAUUUCUGUUUGUCGAAAAACCAAAUGUCAUUGUUAAAUCAUCCAUUUUUAGGUCUUACUGGUUACUUUUCCUAAACAAAAUAAAGCAAAAAGAUUUCUAUCAAAGAUGGGUGU